UUUGCUACAGUAUAACCAUUCAUUACUAAUAGCACAAGCACUGUGCCAAUUAUAAUAAUAAUAUAUCUACUACUGUAUACCAGCCAGUCAUCACAAUUUGAAGUCUAUUUGGUGUCAUUUUAUAUCUUAGUUUAGAACACAUGGGCUGUUUUGUGCUGUAAUGGUUUGAUAUUUUUUUGUAAAUUAUUGAUGUUUCAUUGCACAGGUUCUCUCAAGGAUUGCACCUGAGACAGAUAGACAUGAUGCAGGACAGGAUUGCUAGAAGUUCUAAAACUCUCUCCAGAAUGGCUAAGGUCCUGAGAAAGAUCUGUACCAAGGCUAUGAAAGAGUACCAAAAAAGAAGAAGGCAGCAGAUGGGAGGUCAACAAGAAUUUGUUGUUAUUGAUGAAAGCAAUUUCCGUCAUAAACGAAAGUAUGGACGGGGUAGGGCAUCUACCACAUGGAGGCGAAGGAAGUGGGUUUUUGGAAUGCUGGGUGUGAAACAUAAUCUGCGAAGGCCAAUAUUGCGUCUUGUCACUCGAAGAUCAAGAAAUAAUCUAAUUCCAAUUAUUGUCAAACAUGUGCGUCCAGGUACAAUCCUGAUCUCAGAUGAGUGGAGAGCUUACAGAGGUGUGCUGGCAAAUAUGGGCUACAGACAUUUUACAGUCAAUCACAGUCACUGGUUUGUAGACCCAAACACUGGAGCCCAUUCACAGCAUCUAGAACGAGCAUGGCUGUCUUAUAAAACAAGGGUGUGGAGACUAAGAGGAAACAGGACAGAGAAAAUGUUAAAAGAACAUCUCGCUCUCAUUGAAUGGACCAACUGGCUUGGUGAAAGGCACAGAAGAGGUGUCCUUGGACGGUUAUUCAGAGACAUUUACCAUCAAUUUCCAGUCUAACAAAUCCUAUCUUCUUGUUACAUGUGUGUUUAAUGCUCAAUGGCUGACUUCUUCUAAAACAUUUGUAUACAUUACAAAAUAUAUUCUAAUAAAGAUUAUUUAGUUAUUUUUA